CAGCACACGUCGUCGAUCAGGAGGAGCGGAAGAUGAACAGUGCGGAUGUAGAUGAACAAGUAGUUGUUCAUUAUUUCAAUCUGAAAUUCUUCAUCAAGACCUUUGAUCCGGUAUCGAGCAAAAAAGUGUUAACGUUAACGGUUUUGGGGCACUGCAGUCAUGCAUGACAAAUUUUCGCUAUCAUGCAUGCUAUGCAAUACAAAUUUGUAUUUGGGCAUCAUUUAUCCUGCAUUCCUGCAUGCCAAAUUUCGUUAACGUUAACACUCUUUGGUGUGAUAUCCGGUUCCCAGUCGGAAUAUUCUAAACCGGAUCCUACUCCCCUACCUGGACACGCGAAACCGGACUUUUCACCGUUCCAAAGAAGUUUCGCGAACGCAAUUGGAAUAUCGACUGUAAAAAUGUCUGGGUCUGGAACAAAGCAACUUGUCAUGCUAAAUCUGAAUCAUGUAAAAAUCUGUGUUGCAUGAUUAUCAAAAGCUGUCCACUUUUGACCUAAUCGCGAGGCAGUCUCUCAUGCAGGGUAAGCAUGAUAGGGAUCUGGCAGAAUCUGUCAUGCUAGGUCCUGCAUUCCAGACGACACGGAUCAUGGGAAAUAUGCAUGACAACUCUAGAAAUCUUCCAGACCCAGACAUUUUUGCAUUUGAUAUGGAAGCCGAAGAGCUCUACGGGCCGAUUCGAAUUUGGGAUUGCAGUGCCAUCCAAGAUAUGGAUUGCAAAAAUGUCUGGGUCUGGAAGAGUUGGAACUUGCGAUGCAAACUCUGGAACACACAAAAAUUUGUGUUGCAUGAGCGCCAAAAGCUGUCCACUUCUUCGCACGGAAGCAGGAAGUCUCUCAUGCGGGACAGGCAUCAUGAGACGUGCCCAGAACCUGUGAUGCUUUUGCCUGCAUCAGACGCCAUUUGCGUGAUCCGAAAUAUGCAUGACAAGUCUCACAAUCUUCCAGACCCAGACAUUUUUACAUUUGAUACAAGAUUUUUCCGCUCUCUUCUCGCGCUUUCCCAACUUCAGUUCUACUGCUCGCUGGUAUCCCCGUUUGAAUAAUCCCGAUGAUGUUGAAACGAGCUACUUCAACAGCGAUAUCAGUGUAUAACCCGCUCAGGUGUUACAAUCUCAAACGUUACAAUAGAAUCUGGGACUUGUCUUGCAUCAUGAGCAUUACAGACUCGUAGACCGUUCCACUUUCUGCAAUACAAAUUUCGCCAGAUUGUAGUGCGGUGUGGGACUCCGGAACUUGUCAUGCGCAGUCCUAUGAGAGUUGGCUAGAUCAUGCAUUUCUUGCAUCACAGAUUUCCCGACUCUAUUGUAACGUUUGAGAUUGUAACGUUUGAGCAGGUCAUACAGUGCGUGGGACGUUUCGGGUGCUACGAACAUGGCCGGCAUGUUUCUCGGGUGUGCGUAUUUCGACCGGAAGCUGUAUGGAUCUGUCAGGUUUGAAAUCGACCGAGUUGAAAUAAUUUGCCAUGCAUAAAAUGGAGUCCAGUCACAGCCCAGCUCUCAAGUGGUGCAUGAUAAAUUUUGGUGGUGCCUACAUCCAGUUUGUCAUGCUGUUUCGGUAAGGAAGACGCCUUUCGUCAUGCAACUUUAGCAGCUCUAUUUCUACCCCUCAACAGGCUUGCAAUCUGCUUCCCUAGCCUACUCUGCAAGAGAGGCAUUUUGUGGGUUGCAUUUCAUGCAUCACAAACUAUUUCAACUUUGACGAUUUCAGUCCUGACGCUUCCAUAAGCUGAAGCAUUGGGACGUUUCCAACGUGACCACGAUGCGGGGGAUAUCGUGAGGAAAAAUCUUCCCUCCCCAUAUCGAAAACGAAACUUGUCAUGCUGUAUCUGAGUGCAUACAUCGACUUGUAUUGCUAGAAGGCAAAGAGGCGCAGUCGUGGUCUCGUCUGCAGGCAAUUUGUCACGCUGUUUCCCACUUGUUCCAGCUGCCUCCUGUCAUGCUGAAGAUGCAAGGCUUGUUUCCCACGCAACCCAGCACUACAGUCCGCAUCUUUAUUUGCCUUCUAGCAUGACAAAGCUGAUUUGUGGCCACAAAUCAGCAUCACAAAUUUCCCUUUUUGAUGUGGGGAGGGGGAAUUUUUCAUUUUGAUAGGGGAUGUUUGCGGGGUGCGAGAAUUUCAAUCAGGAUAUCAAAGAUUGGAAUGUGGUAUCCUGUGCAAAAGUAUCGUACUCGUACUAAUUGCUUUUAUGCAUCACAAAUUUUUUGCUUAUAGGCAAAUCCGCAUUACAAAUUCCAUUUGUAAUGCUGAGCAAAUUUGUAAUGCAAUUUGUACUACUUCUACGAUACUUUUGCAGUUCAUAUGUGGCGAAGUUGAAAGAUGUGGAGUUCAUGUUUGAUAAGUGCGAACGGUUCAAGCAGGAUUUGAGGUCCUGGAGAGAUAUCAUGACGGUGGAGGGGGACGAAGACUAUGUGAAACUUGUGGAGGCCUGCUUGGACAAGCCCGAUAUCUGGGGCGGUUACGGAAAACAAUCCAAGCAACGAAGUGCAAGACGGAAGAGGAUAUUAAUCCUAGGGGGGACUACUACCUAGAGUGCAAUCAUGAGGGGACUACUGCCUCGAAUAGAUUUAAGUCAUCAUUUCAGGCGGGAUCACGCAGUGACUUUUUUUUUACACCGCUAAUAUAGUCGUAGGUUUAUAAGAAUAUUAGAAUGCAAAUGCAAUGAAGCAGUAGAGGCCC